GCAACUUUAUUCUUUAUUUAGAGUUUGCAAGUGAGACGCAAUGGCUCGUACCAAGCAGACUGCCCGUAAGUCCACUGGAGGAAAGGCUCCCAGGAAGCAGCUGGCUACUAAAGCAGCCAGGAAGAGCGCCCCUUCCACAGGCGGUGUCAAGAAGCCUCACAGAUACAGGCCUGGGACUGUUGCUCUGAGAGAAAUCAGAAGAUACCAGAAGUCCACUGAGCUGUUGAUCCGUAAGUUGCCGUUCCAGCGUCUGGUGAGGGAGAUUGCCCAAGAUUUUAAGACCGAUCUGAGGUUCCAGAGUGCGGCUAUCGGUGCUCUCCAGGAAGCAAGUGAGGCGUACCUUGUUGGUCUCUUUGAAGACACUAACUUGUGUGCCAUCCACGCGAAGAGAGUAACCAUUAUGCCCAAGGACAUCCAGCUAGCAAGAAGAAUCCGCGGAGAGCGCGCUUAACCUUUGCUGAUACUUUGUUUUUGGAUCUUAGUUUUUUGGGUUUUUUUACGAAUUGUACAUAUGUGGUGUCUCUUUAUUUUAUAAAGGGUUUGUUAACUGUAGAGUAGACAGUCUAUUGGUAGUGCACAUUUUAUAAGACAUUCCCUUAAUCCUCAGGUUUUUCAUAAAAGUUUCUAUCUUCUGCUAGUUAUCUCUUGUGCCCCCUCUCAUCAGACAUGUUAGCUUGCAUGCUUAUCUUUUGUUCCAUACUUUGAUAACUCUGUGUAACUCAUUGUAAAUAAACUUUCCACUACCUCA